AGGUGAAGAGUUCUGAACUGAGCUGGUCACAGCGCGACACCCACCGUGCGCCAGGUUACUCCGAAAUGUUCUGCUGGGGAGAUGGGUCGAGAGGACAGUUGGGACUACUGUCAAAGGAUUUCAUAAGUUUUCAUGAACCACAGCCUGUUGUAUUUUGCUCAGAACCAAUUUCUCAAGUGUCCAGUGGGGAGCAGCACACCAUUGUCCUCACGGCUGAUGGCCGAGUCCUGUCAUAUGGGCGCAAUAAUAAAGGACAACUGGGAAGAGGGAAAAACAAAGAUUCUAAAGUGGUGGAUGGUCUGGAGGGAGUGGCGGCGGUAGCAUGCGGUCAGGAGCACUGCUUGGCCCUCUGCGCGUCUGGAGAGGUCUACUCAUGGGGUCGUGGUGAUGAAGGACAGCUGGGGAUAGGCUCUCAGCUGUCAAAGAUGUCUCAGCCACGAUUGGUUUCGAUGCAAUCUCCCUUGCCAAUAUUGAUCACACAGGUUGCUUGUGGAAACGUUCACUCUUUGGCCCUUUCAACAGGAGGGGAUGUCUUCUCAUGGGGUCAGAAUAGCCAUGGUCAAUUGGGUUUGGGGAAGGCAGUGGAUAUCCAGGCCGCACCUUCUCUAGUCUGUGCACUUUUGGGGGUGCCAGUGACCCAAAUCUCAGCUGGAGGAGCCCACACCCUGGCGCUCACGCUGCAGGGACUGGCCUACUGCUGUGGGGCCAACAGGGCAGGGCAGCUGGGCCUCAACAGGGUGGAUGAGAAAGGUCGCUUUGGGAUAUGCUCAGUGCCUGCCCUCAGACUUCUGGACAUCAAGAGGAUCUGUUGUGGAGAAGCACAUACUGCUGUUCUCACCAAGAAUGGUGAUGUUUACACCUUUGGAGAGGGAGCUCAAGGACAGCUUGGACACAGGUCCACAGCCAAUGAGUUACUGCCCAAGAGGGUGGAAGGCCUGGAUGGACCAGCCUCACAGAUAGCCUGUGGCAGCCACCACACCUUGGUGCUGGGAUCUUGUAAUCGCCUCUGGGCCUUUGGCAGUGGAGGGAAAGGGCAGCUGGGGAAUGGCCGCUCAGAGAGCAGUACUCAGCCCACCACGGUGGAGCUGACCAGGGCCGGUGUGGAGGUUCAAGCACUACAUGAUUUCAAAAUAUCAGCAGGGUGGAAUUCCAACUUUGUUUUCUUCCCCCCAGAAAAGGCAACAUCAGAACUGCAACCAGUUGGAAAACUAAAUCAAGCCCAGCUGCAGAGAUGGCUAACAACGCCCUCUAGUGGCCAGAAUGCUGCAGCGGCCGAGAGAAUUUUCAAGCAAUUUUCCUCGUGUUCAAGUCUUGUGGGCAGUUUCACCAAGGACAUUGAUUCUCAAGCUAAGAUGUUAGCAAAUUCUGUGAGAGUGGACUUACAAGCUGCAAGUGAGGCAUUCGACAAACUGCUACAAGUCACUUGGAUCCGUAAAGCAAUAGACCUUAUACCAGUGGUGGAACACCUUCGCUAUUUCUCAUCAGCAAUGAAGGCAGCUGACAUCUUCCUACUUCUUCCUGUCUGUCCUUUGCUCCAAGAGGACCAGAAUGUGAUCAACCUGGUUCUGCCACUUGCAGUGGCCAUAGCUAACCUUGGUAACUCUGUCAUGGAAACUCUGGAGGGCUGGUGGGGGUCCAUGGGUAAAGACAUGAUGUCCAAGCACAUCCUGGUGUGGAAACACGCCCUGGCCUUCCUCCUGAGGGCCAAUCUGCUGCACCACUACAACCCUGGUGUGAAAGCCACUCUGGAGGUUCUCAAAUCCCUCCACAGGGCUAAUAAGAAAGCUAAGAAAUCUCAGCAAGUUUCUUUCUCUGAGUUCUACAUAGAGGAACUUGGCCAAAACCCUGAAAAGCUUGGGCAAGAUGUGGGAUUAUGGAGAAAACAUAACUUGUCAGAAGUGCAGGAGAUGCCACUGACACCUCCCAUUUUCUGCCGUUUUCCAUUCGUCUUUGAUCUUCAGAGCAAGAUGCUGAUUUACCAUGGAGAUGCUUUUAUUGCAAAGAAUGCUCACAGCUGCCAAUUCUUUGCUGGCGAGGCCGCUUCUCCGGUGUUCAAGCUCAAAAUCAGGCGCACCCAUCUCCUGGAGGACACAUUCAGGCAACUGGAUGCCACUGACCAUGACAACUUCCAAAAACAGCUUCAUGUCCAGUUUGUUGAUGAGACGAAACUGACUCUAGUGAACCAGAAGGAUUUCUUCCUUCACACUUUUGAUGAGUUGAGGGCGCCUGACUUUGGCAUGUUCAUGUUUGAUGAUACCAACACUCUUGUCUGGUUCCCACCUAAGCCAGAACAUGAAGCCAAAACGUACUUCCUUUUUGGAAUACUUUGCGGUCUUGCCUUGAACAACAACAACAUUGUGCAUUUGCCUUUUCCUCUGGCUAUGUUCAAGAAACUUCUGGGUACAAAAGUGACAUUGGAAGACCUGACUGAGUUCAGUCCUGUGGUUGGAGAGAGUCUUCGGUACAUCUUGAAUGACUAUACUGAUGAUGACAUUGAAAAUCUGGACAUGACGUAUUCAAUUACCUGGGGUGGCAUCAAAGUGGAGCUGGAUCCAAAAGAAGAGGGAAAACUAGUGACAAGCAAAAACAAGAAGGAGUUUGUUCAGGCCUAUGUGGAUUACACCUUAAACAAAUCAGUGGAGAAGGUGUUUGAAGAGUUCAAGAGGGGCUUCUUCAAAGUGUGUUCGCGAGACGUGGUGGAGAUGUUCCACCCAGAGGAGCUGAGGGGGAUGAUGGUGGGGAAGGAGGACUACGACUGGGACAUACUCCAACAGAACACAACGUAUGAGGGAGGAUACCAUGGAAACCACCCUGUCAUUAAAAUGUUCUGGGAGGUGUUUGACGAGCUUUCUCAUGAUCAAAAGAAAGCCUUCCUUUUAUUCGUGACUGGGUGUGGUCGUGUGCCAAUCUUGGGAAUGGACCAGAUCCGGAUUAUCAUACGUGUCAGGCACAUGUCAUCUCAAAACCAUUUCCCAGAGUCCCACACGUGUUUUGGGAUCCUGUGUCUUCCCAUGUACCAGACAAGAGAGAGGCUCCAGACGCAGCUCAUUGAGGCUCUGAACCACAACAGAGGCUUCUGGAAAGAAUAAGGAAUUAACUCCUUAUGUGGCAUCACAGAAAAAUGUCUUGCGUUGUUAGUAUAGCACAGACAUCUUGAUGAAAGCCAUUCCAUAAAAGUAGAUUCUGAAAAAUGUUAUAGUCAAAUGUUAUGUCAUCCUAUCAUGCUACUCACAUGCAUGUGCUGUUUCCGUAAUUAUCAUUUAAUUGCAUUUCUAUCUUUUUUCCUUUAUGUGAUGAUUUAGGAUUCCCUGAUUGUUUUGAGACAGCCUCAUGUAUUUAAAUACAGAUGAAAGGAGAGGAAGUAUAAUAAUAAUAACAUAGAACUACAUACAGUAUAUUGGAAGAUUGUGUUAAUUUUUGACUUUGGCCUUGCACACUGCAAACAUUCAGUAUAAAUAGCUUGGCCUAUACAUCGUUAGCAUUAACCUACACUACCUUCCCAUGUUGUGCCUGUUGUUCUGAAGAGUAGCAUAUGCACCAGCAUUAUGAGUGUCAAUAAAGCCUGCUGUUCCUGU